CUCACUCAACUCAAGACUUUGCGGCUCUGUGCAAAUCAAAUCACGUCUCUACCUCAUACGCUUGCGCGUUUGGAUAAGCUCGAGUCUCUUUCGCUGGGGUCGGUGUACGGAGGUAACCUUUUAACAACAUUUCCUGCAGACUGCAUCCAGCACAUGUUAGGUCUCCGAGAGCUUGAUCUGAGCCACAACAAACUCUGUUUCUUACCAGCGGACAUUGGCCAUCCACACUCACACCUACGUCAGCUGAAUGCAUCCGACAACAAAUUGGAGGCCAUUCCAAAAUCUAUUGGGCUUUGCAGAGAGCUUCGAAACCUGAACUUGGGUCGCAAUCAACUGACUAGCUUGCCAACUGAGAUUGCAGAUUUGAAACAGCUAGAUACACUGGACUUGAGUGAAAAUCUGCUCUGUGUCAUUCCAGGUGAUGUCGCCGAUUUCUUGACAAAGACAACGCUCUUGCUUACUGGGAAUCCAUUCACUCGUGGGUACUGUGAUGCAAACAGAAACCCUGUCAGCGAAAUUGGCGGUUUGAGUAUCGCACAACCCUCCGAUGAGGAGCGUUAUGCCGCUAUGCUUAAGAGCCUUUCCCGAAGGGCCAUCCUGAAUUCAGCAGUGUCUUCGUCCUCUUCCAGCACACCUACAGCAGCUACCAUUGCGGGAGGACGUGAAUCACCACGACCAUCGGCUUCAGCUGAGAGUGGCUACGAGAUGGAUCAAGAUGAGAGACUUGACUACCAUUUGUACUAUACCCGUCAUGCAUUAUCAUCUAGGCCACCUUCGCGAGCCGGAUCAGUCGGUGGUUUGAGCGAAGCUGGUGGGAACAUUAACCUUAGUGGUAGUAGAGGCUCAUCGGUAACACCUCCUUUGCCAGGGAGACGCCCUACUGUAACCUCUUCCAAUUUCUUUCCGACCCUCAAGGAGCUAGCUGCCAGGGCUGUCCUUUAUUGUGGUGAGCCUCUACCUCUCGAGUACAUCCCUGAGACUGUGGUCGAGUAUCUUCAGCCAGGCGCACGACCUUGUGCAUUCUGCCGGCGACCCUAUGUCAAGGAAUGGAUUAGCUCUGUCCGCGUUAAGUCUUAUUUAGGACAUCCUGCUGUUGCAAGGCGUGUUCGAUUUUGUUCAACCACCUGCUGG